AGUAACUCACACACGCAGCCUUGGACAUUAGAGCCUGUUUUAUAGAGAGAAGGAAUGCUGGCCAGGAUAAGAGAGAAAGCUGGAAAGAGGGAGCAGCAUUGCAAGAGCACAGCACUCUCAGAUGUCACCACUCAGCCAGAUGUUAAAAUCAUGAUCAGUCAACUCUCAUUGGCUAUUUGCUAUAUCUUUGCUCCAGAAGAUGUACAAUCCUCAAGAUACCCCAAUGAAGUAAACAGUUACAAACCAGACAAGCAAGACAGCAAUAAAUUCAAAGGCGAUCAGAACAGUGAAACUCCGGUGCAUAAAAAUGAACUGCAAAAUGAUGAAUUAAAGAGAACAGAAAAUAAAAACAAGCUCAAUAGCACAAAAGAGGCCUUCCGGAACCACAGAGGAACUGCUCUUGGCGAGGAAGGGCUAGGAAACUGUGUUGGAAAGUUUGACAAUGCUCACAGUGGUGUCAACUCCUGUAGUGGUACGCAUCCCCUUCCUAAUCACAACACAAACCGAACCAAAGAAACCAUCACACAUGGAAAUUCCAGCCAGUCAGCAAGUUCUUCUUUAGCCAACAGGACAAGAGACCUCUGCACCAGUGGACUCUCUUUACCAAAUGAAUCUGGCAAAGAAUGUGACCCAGAAACAGGCGAUCACAAAAAGCCGGAGUCAGAAGAGCCAGAAUGUUCUCUAGAUGAGAACUCACAAUCUGCAGGAGAAAACAGCUCUCUCACAGAAAGUGCAAUACUAGACACACAAAACGAUGCCAUCCCAUUACCAGACCUGGAUUACCUCCCACAUGGUAGCCAAACCAGAAUCUAUCAUGCUCCUGAAAAGGAUAGUUUUUCAGACAAUUACACACAUUCAGACCAAAAUGCAGAGUCUAUAGUGAUAAAUAAGGGUGAGGACCCUGGCCUAAGCCUGCCUUUGCACAUGAAGGAAAAUUAUGAUUCAGUGGAGGAAGCUCUUAAAACUGAGUCUGUAAAUGUGUGUGUCAAAGAGGACAUGCCUGAUGGUAUUGCAUCUGAGGGCCUCAUAACAAAAGCACAAGAGGAAGAGCACAUUAACCAUAAAGAAAUUAAUGGAAAAAUUGAGGAGGAGGAGGAGGACGCGGAGGUGGCAGAAGCUCUUGCAGCGCUGGAAGCUGCAACUGCAGGGGAAGAUUAUGAAGAGGAUGAGGAGUAUUAGAUGGAGAGUUCUUUCUUUCUAACACAUUCAUAGUAAACUUAGUUCUGGAGCUGUGUGAAACACUAUUGAAUGCAUGUGUUGUACAGAACAGACAAUUAUUGUAUAAAGCACAAAAACAAAAGGAGCUGGGACUAGAAUGUUGAUCAUUUUAGCUGCUAAAACGCAGUCCUUUACCACCUGAACUGAAGAACUCCCUUGGCUUCUGGUAGUAAUAAGGCCCAUCUCUUUCCCAUAGGCCACAAACAAGGGCGUAGCAUCACUCACACAAAGCCAGCAUGUUACAAUAUAGUUCACGUGAAGGUUUUCUUCAGUUGAUUCAAGGGCUUGCACACACACUUCAAGUUUCAGGUUCAAAUGAAUCUCAAAGCACAACUAUAAAAACCAGAGUUUCUCCAUUUCCGGAACAAACCGUACAGAACCACAGAAUUGAAUUAUUUAAGUGUAAAAAUAUACAACUGACCCUAGGUUCAGAAAACCUUUCAGCAAACUUGACCUGGGAUUCUAGUUUGUUGCAAAGCAUGAAACCAGGCAAGUUUCACAUGGUUUGGGUUUCACUGUGACUGCAUCUCACAGCUCUGCUAAUUUCUUAGUCACAAUCUCUUGACUCACACAUUGUUUACAAAUGGAUUUUGCCUCAGAGCCUCCCAGAAGAAGCAAAACCCAUUUGUAAAAAAAAA